CUGAAGGCGAGACAGAAAACUGGGAUAAUCACUCCUGAACUACUCGACUUUGACGCUUCAAAAAUGGCUAACGACAUAUCCAAAAAGAAAGGGAAGAGCUCUAGCGAGAAAAAGGCGAAAAGAAAAGCCAAAAGAAGAGAGACUUACGCGAUGUACAUCUAUAAAGUUUUGAAACAGGUGCAUCCGGACACGGGGAUAUCCAGCAGAGCCAUGAGCAUCAUGAACUCCUUCGUGAAUGACCUGUUCGAGAGGAUCGCCACGGAAGCGUCCCGGCUGGCUCAGUACAACAAGCGCUCCACCAUCACCAGCAGAGAGGUGCAGACCGCAGUGAGGCUGCUGCUGCCCGGGGAGCUGGCUAAACACGCCGUGUCCGAGGGCACCAAGGCGGUCACCAAGUACACCAGCUCCAAGUGAAGCCCUCAGCGCAUGCAUAUUAUGACGCGGAUCUCAAACCUGUCACUAAAUGGUUUUGUAAG